AUGUCUGGGAGAAGGGCAAGACAGUCGAGCAAUAGUUCAAGGAUUAGUGAUGAUCAAAUCAUCGAUCUCAUCACGAAAUUGCAUCAACUUUUACCCGAAAUUCGCGACGCUAGGCGCUCGAGCAAGACUUCUGCGAAUAAAGUUCUUCAAGAAACUUGCAACUACAUAAGGAACUUGCACAAGGAAGUUGAUGACUUAAGCGAAAGGCUUUCCCAGCUUUUGUCGUCCAUAGAUGCCGACAGCCCGGAGGCUGCGAUAAUUAGGAGUUUAAUUUAA